GAGACUUCUGCCAGGGGCUGGACAUCCAGGACCAGUACGACCCCUUCUACUUGAACCGCACCGGGGAGUGCUUUGCCAGGUGCCUGCAGCUGGGGAAYGUCUCCUGCAACCCUGAGAAGCUGGAGAGAUACUGGCUACACUACGAGUUCUACCUGGUGGAGAAGAAUUUGGAGGACAAGGUGGAUCUGCCUUUUGUGAAGGCUUUGGUCCAGAACUUCAGCACCGACACCUCGGAAGAUCUGCUUUUCUCUCUGAGACCCGCUCAGAUUCCGAGGCAGGUGAUGAUGGGCGAGGACAAGCCCCCUGACAGAGUCCGACUUCCCCGGAGCUUUUUCGCCUCCCUGCCGGGCAGCAGGUCAGCAGUCCGCUUGGCCAUAUCUGUUCUGGACAUCGGUGCUGGGGACCUCUUCAAGGGCCCCCAGCUUCGCCUGGAAGACGGCAGCAGUGUGUUGAACAACCACAUGGUGGGCUUGAGCGUGGGUCGCACCCCUGUCACCGGGCUGCCAGAGCCUCUGGAGAUCACCUUCUCCCACCAGCGUCAGCCCCCCAACGCGACCCUCACCUGCGUGUUCUGGGAUGUGAAUAAAGGGCCUGCUGGGGACUGGGACUCCAAGGGCUGCUCCACCGAGCUCGGAGCUGAGGGGACUGUCUGCCACUGUGACCACCUGACCUUCUUUGCCUUGCUGUUGAGGCCYGUCUUGGACCGGGCCACCGUGCAGGUCCUCACUCACAUCUCCCAGGCAGGCUGUGGAGUCUCCAUGAUCUUCCUGGCCUUCACCAUUGUCCUCUAUCUUACCCUGAGGUUCUCCCUGCAGAGAUUCAAGUCCGAAGAUGCCCCCAAGAUUCACGUGGCCCUGAGCAGUAGCUUGUUCCUCCUGAAUCUGGCCUUCCUGGUCAGCGUGGGCAGCGGCUCGGCAGGGUCCCGUGCGGCAUGCUGGAUCCGGGGAGCCAUCUUCCACUACUUCCUGCUCUGCACCUUCACCUGGAUGGGCCUGGAAGCCUUCCACCUCUACCUCCUCGUCAUCAAGGUCUUCAACACCUACUUCGGCCAUUACUACCUGAAGCUGAGCCUGGUGGGCUGGGGCCUGCCCGCCCUCAUGGUCAUUGGCACCGGAAGUGCCAACAGCUAUGGCCUUUACACCAUCCGCGACCAGGAGAACCGCACCUCUCUGGAGCUGUGCUGGUUCCAGAAAGAGCCUGCCCUCUACGCCACCGUCCACGGUUACUUCCUCAUCACCUUCCUCUUUGGUGCCGUGGUGCUGGCCCUGGUGGCCUGGAAGCUCUUCACCCUGACCAGUGUCACAGCGGGCAAGGAGCAGGGGCAGAGCUGGAAGGCCGUCCUCACCAUCCUGGGCCUCUCAAGCCUGGUGGGCGUGACCUGGGGGCUGGCUGUCCUCACGCCCCUGGGUCUGUCCACCAUCUAUAUCUUCGCCCUCUUCAACUCCCUGCAAGGUGUCUUCAUCUUCUGCUGGUUUGCCAUCCUCUACCUCCCGGGCCAGAUCUCCACGCCUUCCUCCUCAGGGGGCACCGCCCGGCUGGACCAGGCCCCCUCUGUGUCCCAUGAGUAG